AUGGGAGAAGCGAAGGAUCCUCUCGCCGAGGCGCGGGCUAGGUUCCCGCAUUGCUUCAUUCAAGCUCGUCGCUGGUGGGAUCCGUUCCCGCGCCAGGGCAUGCUUCCGUGGGAUGCCAAUUACGCCAAGACAGUCGGCGACAAAGUCUGGAAGCUCUACUGCGACGGUGUCCCUUUCUACACCAAGGAGACCAUCCAGUAUCUGGAGAUUCAGAUCAGCAACUACCUGGCGUUCCAGUUAAUUGACGGGGUCCGCUAUCAGACCGAGGAAUACAAUGUUCCCGGCCUAGAUGGGGAGCAGCAUUUGCUGGAGGUUCCCUGGGGGACGGUCGUGGACGUGGUGAACAACUUGUCCAUGUUCCUCUCCCCCAUCGUCAAGUUCACCUCCAUUCAGGGUCUCGCUAUGCCAUACCAGAGAGACUGGGACGCCCGAAAGGCCUUCCUACCCGCGCACGUCACUAACUGGUGCAUCCGGACUGACCUGCCACCCACGCCCGUCCUGCCAGUCAACCCCACCGAGCUAAUUACGGAAUACCGACGACGAACCGUCGAGCAGGUGCACGCCGAUGUGGAGCGACGAGUGCGCGCCACCACGGAGAGCGACGAGUGGAAGGAACUGAACGCGGCGAUGCUGGUGGCCGGCCUGACGCCGAACGUCGACAUGUUCCGCAAGGUCCUGAUCUUCAUGGAUAGCGACAUCAUGCGCGUCUGCUCCACGUGGGCCGAGGCCGACCUGACGGUUCUCGCCUUCGCCAUCGCCUUCUCGCGCCUCGUCCAGGCCAACAGCAGCCCGGCGCCCGACAGCGCCAACACGAUGCCGGUGUGCGUCUCCGAGAGCACGAGUGAGACGCCGCUGUCGCGCGACCCGGUCGCGCGCGAGCUGUUCCGGCGCCUCGGCGUCGCCGUCAUAGCCUCCGACGCCCGCCUGCUCCUCGAGGUCGACGAGUGCAGCGUCGUCGUGGAGCGCGGCAUCAGCGAGGUGCCGCUGCGCCAGAUCAUCGCCGACUUCUCCAUGCCGAAGGCCGACAACAACGGGCCGUACGUCGGCCCCCCCAUGAUUGUGCGUCCGGCCUUGCGGGACGAUGUGGAUGACUUCGAGGUCUACAAUACUGGGGUGCAGUGCAUGCCUGAGCCUCUCCACUACAGCAACCCCGACUCGCCGCGCACCCGAGCCAUGAUGAAAGAAUACCAUCCCGUCAAGCCGUUCGACCCACACAACGUUCUCGAGACGACGACCAUCUACCUCCGCAAGGUCCCCGAGGGUGUUGCCGAGCUGUUUCGAGCCGAUCCGACCAGCCUCAUCGUCGGGCCCGUCUCGGCCGGUGGUGGAGGGGCGGAAGGCGGCGUCCUGAAGGAGCAGGGCCUGGAGCAGAAGCAGCACGAGAUGCCCGCCGAGGGAGGUCCCGGUGCGGAAGUCGACGGCCUGCCUCUCGUUGAGGACGAGAAUGAGGCUGAGAAUAAGAAUGAACAGGCAUUUGGGAUGGAGGGGGAGCUGAAGAUAGAGGGGGGGAUGGGUGCCUAA